AUGAGCUCCGGGAAGCAUGAUUUUGAGGAUGAGCCGCCAUCAUCGGAGCGAGCAAAGAAAAGAGCGAGAUACACUCAAAUCGCUUGCAACGAAUGUAAGCGGCGUAAGCUAAAAUGCAGCGGUGGGACAAUUUGUACGCGAUGUGACCGAGAUGGGGCUUCCUGUGUCUACGCCAAUAACCGCGUAUCGGCUCAUCCGGGUGAGUUUAAGGAUUCACGAGUGGGCCCGCGAUUCCAUGCCGUGGAUCAACAGCUGGAGAGUCUACAGCGGCAAAUACAACUGUUGUCGAGUCGUUUGAUCAAGCUCGAGUCUUCCAGUCCUCAAUCGGCAGCCACGCCAAAGAGUUCGGAACAGAGUGGCUUACAUCGGAUCUUAAAUGCCCCCAAAUCGCCACAUUAUAUCGGCCCUACCAGUGCGGAAUUUGGUUUGAAUCGACCGCAGAAUGCCUCUGUCGAAGAUACGCAGCACCAGGACGAGGAUAUGGGUAUUUCAGAUACACCAAGUCCCGUGGCAUCGGGAGGGGAAGAUUCUCUGCCAGUGGUCUCCACUGGAGAUCCACUAAGCCUGAGCCUUGAGGAUACCUUAAAUUUGGUCCAGGUCUACGAGGAUAGUGUUGGAAUAAUGUAUCCUUGUGUCGACCUGGAUAGCUGCAUCAGAAGCCUUGGCGCAGGAUGCACCAGAUCAGGAUUGGUUUACAGCCCGAGAUAUUCAAGUCUUGAAAAUAAUCCUUGCCACCGCUCUUUUGGCCGAGUCUCACGGCGGAGUGAGUUCGCUGCCCAACUAGCGGAUAGUGUGGAAGAUCGAUUUUCGGGCCGAUUCAGGGUUGCAGAGGUGGAUAUGAAAGAAAUUCUUAUAAUGACUUUACUGUCCAUUUUUCAUUCAUAUCGCGAUGAUGAAGUCAUCGCAUGGCGAUUUAUACGAUCUGCAUCUAGUGCAGCAAUGGAGCUAGGCUUACAUCGUCAGGAUACCUGGCAGAGGACGGGAGGCGUAUUCCCGGGCGAGGUUGCUUGGACUUGGGCCAGAAGACUGUUUUGGUGCAUCUAUGUACUCGACCGCAAAUGGUCUUUUGGCACUGGGCUUCCAUUUGGUAUUCAAGACAUUGAUAUUGAUACCAACCUGCCCGAGCCUGGCGAUUCUACCCCUUAUCUUGCUUGUAUGAUAUCUCAUGCUCGGCUAAGCACAAAGAUCUGGGGGCUUAUCAUGGAUUGGCCGAAUCGCUCACGGGUGGCCACCUCCGACCAGUGCGCGUACCUAGACACGCAAGUGCAGCAGUGGAUCUGGUCUAUCCCAAGCGAGCUAAGAUUCGAUCCGAACCAGACACCGAAUUCUAUAACUGCACCAGAAAAGUCGGAGCACCACGAGCGCCUCAUGAUGCUCCAGGUACUACUUGCCCUGCAGGGCAAUCAGCUACGGAUCCUGGUGUAUCGACAAAAUCUGCUCAGCAGUGAACACAUCAUGGAAGAUCCCCAAGGCGCAUCCACGGCGGUGGAAACAGCAAAGCGAACUAUCCACAUGCUUGAACAUUUCAGUGGAGUAUCGCAUAUUUACUUCCAGCGUCCAGAACCGUUCAAUUACUUCCUGAUAUCAGCCCUAGCAGCCCUUUUUCUGGCAGUUAUUCAUGCGCCGAAUACAUUUCGUCACGUCUGUCGGCCAGAAUUCUAUACAGCGACGGAGCUCGUGCGCCGCUCUGCCACUCGAGCCCAGACAUCAAGACGCCUGCAGAAGAUUAUUCGCAGUUUGAAACAAAUAAAACUGCACAAGAGCAAUCCGAAGCGUGAAACAACCGGAAUUCGACAGCCUAUAUCGAGCCAGAAACAUGGCGGAGGGAAUAAAAAUUCCGAUCAGAAUCAUCUCACAAAAUCACAACCUUCAACACCCGGAGCUCAGAAUAUGUGGAAUUUGACGUCGGCAUCGCCGGCUUCACAGAAUCCCCUUGCGUCGCAUCAACCCUAUGAUAUGUCGAAUUCGUUCUGGGCAACGGGCUCAAAUGUUGUUUCAGGAACCGAGCCGAACAUGUGCGAGGACUUGAGUAGUUUCUUUGAAACUGCUGGAGACCUUUAUUUUGACCCCCAGGCCUUUGAUCUCCCUGGUGACGUGGAUAUGGGGUUUUUUGCCCCGACGGGGUUGCCUCCGCCCAAUGCUUUAGAUAUAUUCGAAGCCGACAACGAGGCUUUGACACGUGUAAUGGCUGACUUGCUUUGA